AUGACUUCAUCACCAACACUGGGCAGUGUUGGUGAUGAAGUCAUUUUGGAGGCUUCAGCUUCAGCCAGACCACCAAGGACACCAGCGAAGAAGGCAGCGGUGGCCUCCCCUGGGGCUGCGAGCGUGGAAUCCGCUAAAGCGGGACCCUCAACGUCGCCAGCACACCCCGCCUCACCAUCGCCCAACAAGUCACCAAAUAAAAUACCUCCUAGUGCUCCAUUAAAACUCAAGUUAAAAACCCCCCUCCCGAGACCAGAACAGUAA